GAUGUCCCAGGCCGGUGGCAGCCCCAGUGCCGAGGACACAGCGCCCUUUGUUGAGACACACUCGCGCACCCCGAGCCGAGGCAGCCAGAGAGUCGAGUGCAUCAUCUGCUACUCCUCCUAUGACCUGUGUGGCCGCCUACCCCGGCGGCUCUACUGUGGCCAUACCUUCUGCCAAGCCUGCCUGAAGCGCCUGGACUCCAUCACCAACGAGCAGCGCUGGAUCCCCUGCCCGCAGUGCCGCCAAAACACGCCCACGCCGCGCGGAGGAGUCACCAUGCUCGACCUCGACCUGGCCACCUUCCUUAUUGUCAAGGCUGACAAGGAGCAUCCCCGGGUGGCCAGCAGGUCCCAGCCUGACUCGCCCACCAAGGGCUCGUGCAAGGAGAAGGCAGUGACCCAGCAGCCG